AUGGAUUUUAUAUUCUCCGACUGUUACCAUUGGAAUGUGCAAGACAUCUCGCAACCUCAAAACAACGUGAAUCAAGAAACAGGGACUUCCUCUUAUGCAAGAGAAGCAUUAACACAAGUGAAGGAAAACCAGCCACUGCCUGAUGAGAAUGAUUUCAUAGAAUUCUGGAACAGAAAUUAUCAAAACUAUUACGAACACAGUGAAAGAAAACAGAGUUCAUGUUUAGGAAACAAUAGCGUGGAAAGAAACGAUUUUGGAGAACUUGAUGAAAUUCUUAACCAUGUUCCUCGCUUACCAAGUUACAUGCAAGGAACUGAAGGAAAGAAAAUGAACUUUAUUAUGAUUGCAACAACAUUGGAUAAAAAAACAAUUACAGAAAAUUUAGAAAAGACUUUGGAUAAGACAAAGUUCCAAGCACUUCCCUUGUCGUUCGAAGCACAAACUAUGGAACACAUUUAUGACGGUAAAUAAGGAAAAUGUAUUAAACUGCCGUAUGUAUAGAUACCAAGUUAGUUUAAUCUACAUGCUACUUCUCUCAGUGUAUUUCUAGGGCAGUUAACACCCCAAAAACCUAUACGAAUAAAGCUAUAUGUGAUAUUUCGGAACUGAGUCUAGUCCUUCGAUAUCAAUGCAAUCUAGUAAUCAUGAUCUUUUCUGUAUUGGUGUUAUGUACUCAGGUGAAUAUGAUGUUUGUGAUGUUACUCUGAGUGAUAUCCACGCCGGGCAAGCAUGAUUACUAGAUUGCAUUGAUAUCGAAGGAACUAGACUCAGUUCCGAAAUAUCACAUACUCGUAUCGACCUGACCGCGUAGCAAGAUGACAAGCUAAGAGCAAUCCAGGCCAAUCCAGAAUAUCUUAUUUUAUGCUGAUGCCAAAUUAAUACUUUAAUAUAUACUAUAUGGCAAUACACCCUUCUGGAAAGUACGUCACUUUGGCCAUAGAGCCUCGUUUUCAUGUAUCUGACAUCAGUUAAAGGUCACGUCUCAAUCACGAAAACGAGGCUCUAUAGCCAAGGUGACGUACUUUCCGGAAGCGUGUAUUGCUGUGAUAAAUUAUAGGGCGAUAUACUUUGGGGCACCUUACCAGAGUGAACGUAAACGACCUAAAGUCUCAUAAUUGAUUCUAUAAUCAUUAAAACUUUACUGCAUGGUAGCAGUUACAAAGACCUUUUCAUACUGUUUAGUGAAAUUGAUGUGAAUUUAUUAUUUUUAUGUCAAGCCAAUGCCGACUCAGAAUGGAAGUUUGUUCAGUGACAGUGAUAUUUCGUUUCAAUUCUAGAUUCACUGGAACCCGCUACUGAAAAGAGAAAACGUAAUGUACAGUUAUAUGAAGAGCAACAAUGUACGCGUCGUCGACUUAAACGAAAACAUUUUGAGGAAGAAGAGAAACGGCGAAAAUUUGAGAAGGAAGAUGAGAUGUUGUUUACAUCAAAAAGGGAUACAAAAUGUCGGAUGAGCUGGUUGACAACGAAGAGAACAGAUUAUAAUGAAGAGGAUAAAGACUUAGAACAACAAGUUAAGAUGUUAAUUCAGACCAAGCAGUUAUAA